CGAUACCUUCGAAACCGUAUCACAACCACUUCACUCGUCUAGCAAGAACAUAGCAGCGGCCUAACCGUAGCUAGUACUAAACACCUAAAAUGGCAUUCAAAUUCGCACUCUUCGCCGCCAUCGUGGCCGUCGCCAGCGCUGUUGGUAUCCACCCAGCCUCGUAUGGAGCAUACCCCGCCCCUCUCGGUGCUUACCACGCACCGCUGGGAGCUUACCACGCUCCUCUGGGAGCUUACCCGGCCGUGGCCAAGGUUGCCGCCCCUCUUGCCUACCCAGCCGUCGCUAAGGUCGCUGCUCCAUAUGCUGACUACGAUGCCAACCCUCAGUACAGCUACAGCUACGCCGUGGCCGAUGCCGUUACCGGAGACAACAAGAGCCAGCAGGAAUCUCGCUCGGGAGAUGUUGUGACUGGAUCGUACUCGCUGGUUGAGCCCGAUGGCACCCGUCGUGUCGUUGAGUACAACGCCGACCCCGUCAACGGAUUCAACGCCGUCGUCCACCGUGAGCCGCUGGCCGUCAAGGCUGUGGCCCCGAUCGCCAAGUAUGCUGCCCCGCUGGCCUACCCCGCCGUCGCCAAGGUUGCUGCCCCGUACGCGCCCUACGGAUACCCAGGAUACGGCAAGGCCAUCCUUGGUUAAGCUCACCACUUCAUCCCUAGACACGAAAUGGAUUCCUUUUCCCAGUACCUAAUGCUCAUUCUUCAUCUUGAAGUCAUAAGCGAGAACGUCACCUUUAAUUUAUUUCUCAUUUCUUCAUUUCUAUCCUGACGCUGUUCUUUUCUACGAUCUUUGUGUACAUAUGAACAUGGCCUAUGCUGCCUAAAACUUUGACUGUGUGGCAAGAUGUGUAUGAAGCUAUUGUUGCCGUGGUGUUAAUACGAGUGAUCAACCGAAUGAAGGUUGUACGAAAUAAAAGCAAAUUCUACAAAAGAAAA